CCCCUCCGGAGCGGAAGUGCCUGACGGACCGAGUUGGCGCUCGGCUGGCUCGCUUGCUGGGGCUGCUGUUGCGACCGCUGCCGCCCGCCGCCGCCGCCUCAGUCCGUGAGGAAAGUUGGGCUCUGGCCCCUUCUUCGCGCGGACGGUGCAGGCGGCGGCGUCUCGGAUGCGGCGGAAGCAGAAGCGGCUGCUGCAGGCGGUGGGGCUGGCGCUCGCCGCCCUCGUCUUUCUCCCCAACGUGGGGCUCUGGUCCCUCUACCGGGAGCGGCAGCUGGACGACGGCGGCGACAGCAGUGGAAGAGAAGGGGGAGGCGGCGGCGCGGGGGGAGCCCGCGGGGUGGCGGCGGCAGCUGCUGCUGCUGUGGUGGCGCCGCCGCCGCCGGGAAGAGCAGCCGCUGGAGCAGCCCGAGGGGAGGCGCAGGGGUCUCAUGCAAGGCAAAAUAACAAUGCUUAUAUUGGCAACGAGCAAAGGAAAAAGGACUGGCAUGACAGAGAAUUUAUAAGAAGAGACUUAGAACGUACAGGAAAUGGAGAGCAGGGGAAACCGUUUCCAAUGACAGACACUGAGCGAGUGGACCAAGCAUACAGAGAAAAUGGCUUUAAUAUUUUUGUGAGCGAAAAAAUUUCUCUCAAUCGCUCCCUACCAGAUAUAAGACACCCAAACUGCAAUAGCAAGCUGUACCUAGAAAAACUCCCCAACACCAGUGUAAUAAUCCCAUUCCACAAUGAAGGAUGGUCAUCUCUUCUCAGAACAGUGCACAGUGUUCUAAAUCGUUCUCCUCCUGAACUGAUAGCUGAAAUUGUGCUGGUGGAUGAUUUCAGUGACAGAGAACACCUGAAAAAGCGCUUGGAGGACUAUGUAGCCCAAUUUCCCAAAGUGAGAAUCCUUCGAACAAAGAAGAGAGAAGGAUUGAUAAGAACCCGAAUGCUGGGGGCUUCGGUAGCAAUAGGAGAUGUUAUAACCUUCUUGGACUCUCACUGUGAGGCCAAUGUGAACUGGUUGCCACCCCUGUUGGACCGCAUUGCUCGAAAUCGCAAGACUAUUGUUUGUCCAAUGAUUGAUGUAAUAGACCAUGACCACUUUGGCUAUGAAACACAAGCUGGAGAUGCAAUGCGAGGAGCAUUUGACUGGGAGAUGUAUUACAAGCGGAUACCAAUUCCUUCUGAAUUACAGAAACCUGACCCUAGUGACCCUUUUGAGUCUCCUGUGAUGGCUGGAGGACUGUUUGCAGUUGAUAGAAAGUGGUUUUGGGAGCUGGGAGGAUAUGAUGCAGGCCUGGAGAUAUGGGGAGGAGAACAAUAUGAAAUAUCAUUUAAGGUAUGGAUGUGUGGAGGUCGAAUGGAAGACAUUCCUUGUUCCCGAGUAGGCCAUAUCUACAGAAAAUAUGUCCCUUACAAGGUUCCAACAGGAGUCAGCCUGGCAAGGAACUUGAAGCGUGUAGCUGAGGUGUGGAUGGAUGAAUAUGCAGAGUACAUUUACCAGAGAAGACCCGAAUAUCGACAUCUCUCUGCAGGAGAUGUGACUGCUCAGAAGGAACUUCGCAGUAAUCUUAACUGCAAAAGCUUCAAGUGGUUUAUGAAUGAAGUUGCCUGGGACUUGCCAAAAUUCUACCCACCAGUGGAGCCUCCAGCAGCUGCCUGGGGAGAGAUUCGUAAUGUUGGGACUGGUCUCUGUGCAGAUACCAAACACGGAGCUCUGGGUUCACCACUAAGAGUUGAAACCUGUGUGAAAGGGAGAGGAGAGGCGGCCUGGAACAAUGUUCAGGUGUUCACAUUCAGUUGGCGAGAGGACAUCCGUCCAGGAGAUCCCCAACACACAAAGAAAUUCUGCUUUGACGCUAUUUCCAACAACAGCCCAGUGACCCUCUACGACUGUCAUGGAAUGAAGGGGAAUCAGCUGUGGAAAUAUAGAAAAGACAAGACCCUUUAUCACCCUGUAAGUGGCAGCUGCAUGGACUGUAGUGAGAACGACCGAAAAAUCUUCAUGAACACAUGCAAUCCUUCAAUUCCAACACAGCAGUGGAUAUUUGAACACACAAACUCAACAGUCUUGGAAAAUUUUAACAAGAACCUUGACCUUUAAAGACUGUCUACAUAUGUAUAUUCUACAGCUAUAGUUUUUACUGGGGAGAUGACAAUUUUUUAAAAAUAAUUUUUUUAAAAUUAAGGUAAAAGGGAGAAUCUCAGGAGAGGGUGUGACUAUCAGGCCAGUCUUUACUUUGAUGAUGCUGCAUCUUUAUAUUUUGGUAGUUGAAUCCCAUGAGCUGGAAGUCUCGGAAUCUGCAUUGCCAUAAUCACACCAUGGCUCUCCAAACUUUAUUAUCUAAGGCAGGAUAGAGUCCUUUUCAUAAUCUUACAGUGCUCAGCUAUUGGGUACAUUCAGACUAGUAUCUCUCCCCGCUUUGGGGUGAUAUGCAGCUCUGUUCUGCAUCACAUUGUCUCAAGGCCAAGGCAUAAGGAUCCAUCCUGCAUCCAAGGGUGAGUGUGAUGGCAAUUUCACAUUCCUGGUCUAGAUGCUUUUAACAGUAAUGCUGCACUGGGUUAUCCCAUACUGCACUGCCCUUUAUUUUGAUGGUAUGAAGUUAUUCCUCUCUCAUUUUGUGGUAUACAGUGGGAAGGAAAGGGGUGUGCAGGCACAGCCUUGGAUUUUCUCUCUAUUAUUGAGCAAGUGGCAGGUCCUCGCACACCUCCUUUCCUCUAACAUUCCAUCUAUCUUCUCUCCCAGCAGCCCCUAAAAAUAUAUAAACAUUAUUCUAAAACUCUGAAAUCUUACCAUGUGAAUAAAAUACAGAAAAGCUAAAAUUCGUGGAGACUUCUAUAAUUUGAAUGGGUGUAUUCCUCAUUCAUACCUUGAAGUUCUGGUAAGCUUUACCCAAACCAGUAAUGCCUGUACAGAAUAGAUCAGGAUAUUUUUUUUUUAAAAGAACCUGUUCAGUAGUUUGAAUAUGUGAUACAUAAUCUCAUGCAGUGACUGGUGUUGCUGAUCACCUUAUGUACAGAACUAAGCAUCUGUACAUGAGCAUCUCUACCACUUAACCAUAUCUAGGUACUACCUCCUAAUCCAUCAAGGAGAAUAUUAGUUUGCCAAUAUUACUGAAUCUUUAACAAAUACAGUUUUCAGAUAAGCAAGAUGUUAAAGGGAAUUGAAGAAUAAAUGUAAAAUACAUCUGUGCAAUAAUUCUGUACACCAAGAACGUUAGCUUAGACCUACUGCAUUUUUUUUAAAGGCAAUUAAAUGGAAUUUAGUUGGUGGCCAAACAGCAUAUAUUUAUUCUCUCCUCCCCAUCGCCCAUCGUAAAAUAUUUUCAGUUGUGGAAAACUGGCUUUUCAGAUUAAUACACCCCACCAUCUGCCUAUUAUGAACUAGAGUGUGUGUGUGAUGUGACAGCCUGCUGCUAGAAUAAUUGUGCAUCAUUCAGUAGAUCUGCAGUAUUGGAAUACAGGGCCAUUUAUAGCAUAAUAUCUCAAGGCAUAUCUCAGUACAAUUAUUAUUUUAGGGUAAGUAACUGUUGGAGAUCAGAAUCUGAAAUGUACCUUAUUAAGAUAGGUGUGAGUUCACUAGAGUUGUUGAUUGGCACUUGUAAAUGCUGGUUGGCUUUGACCCAUGGCAACCAGUAGCAGAUUGCAUAACCACAUCUGUGCUAUAAUUUUUGCAACUAACCCUAGAUAGGCAGAUCAGGUGUUGUGUAAAUUAUAAGACUGUCUAUCGUAUUGUACUGAUAAUCAGGUCCAAGAUUAUACAAGCCCUAUCUAGCAUUUUUCAUCGUAAACAAUUCUGAUUAAAAAUGUUUCCAGUGUCAUUAGACUAUUUGAUACAGUAUUGGAUAGUAUCAGGGCAGGGAGUGGGUGGGCUUGCUGUUUAAUGAAGAUCUGGGUUCUCUGAAAAAAAUUGGCUGCCUUCUAGGUAGUGGAAGCAUUUCAAAUUGCCACUUUUCCUUCCUUGAUCUUGUCCUAUAAUACGCCAGGAAAGGAAGCCAUGUCAUGGUUUAUCCUUUUCCUAGUGUGUUACCUUAGCGUCCCAUGGUGAGAGGCUUGCCAGUAUUUUACCCAGUACUGUGGGGUUAUUUCCAUGUGACUGUUGUGUAUUUGCCAUUGUAUUACCUCAUUAAUCUUGCACUGGGUAUCAAAACAGUUUAUCACAGUGUGCUCAAAAGCUCAGUGUAUGCUCAGAUUUACUUUUUACUUUAUUCUCUUUGAUUAAGGGAAAUGCUGCAUGCACCUUCAGGGAUUUCCCAUUGACUACUCAGUCAAUGCCUGCACUUAGAAGAAAAUGGGAAAUCUUCUGGAUGUGAAGCCUGCUUCAUGCAUUUAGGGGCUUCAGUACUCUUGGUCUUUCAAAAUUCUAUUUUUUAUUUUUUUUAUUUUUUUUGCAAUUUAGUUCAUAAUCUAACUGGAAUUUUUCACUUCCCUGUUUUGUAAACUUGCUGAUAACCUGGCUGCAUUAUCCCUGGUCUUUUUAAAAGAUAAAUAAGCACUGAAGAACUUAGAAGCCUGUAUGUCUUCGGCUAUUGCUAUUUGCAAUGACUGAUGGCCAAGUAACAGAAAUAUGUAUUAUUCACACUUCAUAUUCCCCCAUUUAGCAAUGGAAUUGCAAAUCCUUCUAGUUACUUAGUAGAAUCUCUUAUUGUUUCCAAAGACUGGAUUCCAUUAGCAUUUUCUUAAAUUUCUUUUUCUUCCUCAUGGAAGAAAGUCAAUCAUAAAUAUCAAUGAAAAAGAAUGCCUUGAAAUGUGGAAUCCACAUAGAUUUUUCAGGAAAUGCCCAUAAGCAGAAAUCUAAUCUUUUACUGAAAGGUGUUCCCUGCAAAAAUGGGGGAAUUUUGGAUUGGAAUGGGCAAAUUGUUUUAAGUGGCCCUUCUAGUACUUACUGGUGGCAAAUCAUUUCUGCCUUCAUGGUUAUAUAUCCCUCUGCUCUGAUUUAAGUGUCCUCUUCAAGAAUGUCAGUUAAUGAAGCAAAGACAGUCUCCAUUGCACUGUUAUCUCCCCUCUCAUCUUUGUCAAUCUAGCCUUGCCAUCUGGGCAAGGCUUAGAUUAAAUCAUUCUCUGGUUUUGUAACAACUUACACAAAUUGUCCUUCUUCAGGUUUCUGUUUGGGCUUCAAGUUGGCAGGACUAUCUCCAUUGAUGGUGACAGUUGCAAUGUGUGUGGUACAGUUCGUCAACCCAGGGUCCAAGCAUAAAGCUGGAGGCUACUCUUUUUUCUGUUAUACAUAUGACACCCUUUCUUUUUAAAGUAUUGGGCCAUAAAACAAACUACGUUAAACAUCUUUAGAAUCCCCUCUGAUCCUACAGCCAAAAUAUUAAAGAAAGCAAUGUUUCAGUUAUGUGAAGAAAGAGACAAGCUCUUUUGGCAGCGUUAAGAGAUUCUUCUCUGCAGUCUCCUUGGUAGCAUAAGAAUGUCUACACUUGUUGUGUGGCCUAAAAUUUCAAGUAGUUCUCUCUAUUUGAAGUCUAAGUUAAUAACAAGAUUUUUCCAAACUACUUUCAAGAUUCAAUUGUUCAGCUUCCCCAACAAGUCGUCUUGCUGCAGAUUAUUCUCACCACCGCCGCCGCCUUUUUUCAAUGCUCUGUUAAGUUGCAGAAAGAUCAAAUAGGACCCAAAAUUCAGUGUAAUUGUACAGAAUCUAGAGUUGCAGUAAUUAAUCACUUUACACUACUGGGUUGAUUGCCGCAAACAUGUCAAACUAUUUGAGCCAAGAAUACUUUUAGUGACAUGGCUUUACAUGAAAUGGAUGUUUUAUAAACAUAAUUGUAGUAAAUACUUCCCAAAGUACCAUUUUGCCUUAAGGUCUAGUGUUUUUUUCACCCCAGGGUACUAAUUGAUUGAUAUUCAGAAUUUAGAUCAUGCUUUAGUUUUCAUUCUCUACACUUCAUAGAUAAUAGUAAUCUUUACAACCCUGAAAGGUAGAGUCAGUGUUAGUUCCAUAUUGGAAUUGAGAUGAAAGAUAGUGGCUUGCCUAAGGCCACCUAGAAAAUUCUUGACCAAGGCAGGAUUCUGGCUGGGUAAGUACUUCCCAGCUUACACUCUUAGCCACUACAUGGGUGCUUCUCUGUAGGGUGGCAGUUUUGUCAGCCAUCUACAGGAACCAUAGAGGCCAAAAAUUAAAACUUAAAAGCUUCCUUUCUGCAACAAUUUAAACAAUGGCUUUAUCACAAAGAUUUUUAAUUUCUUUGCAGUCAGACUGAGUAGCAUUCCUUGAUCUCUUCACGGUAAUUAUUCAUUCAAUACCCCUAGAGGACCUGGCUGACUAGUAGAAAAUAUAGUCACGGUGGGCCACCUGCUGGUUGAGAAAUGAAGCUGCCUUUCACCACGUUUAUCUGUAAUUUGGUCUUUGCUUAAUUAUUCCACUUUAUUUAUAAACAUAAUAUCUAAAGCACUGAGUCUGUAAACAAACCAUAUUUGCAUGUACACCAGUGUUUCUGCUGAAAAAUGCCAUCAGUUAACCUAAUUGAAAAUAAAUGUUUUGCCCCUAGUUUAAGAUGUGUAACUAAGAGAUGCCUAGCAACACUCCAGUUUCUUAGCCUCUCAUUAUUGUUGCAAGCAGUUUCCUUGUGCUAAAAAGCUCUUAACCUAGGCUGAUACUGGGAUUUUGUGCAGACUCCAAUAUUAAUUUGCACAUCAGUUGUCGGGUUGUUUUUCCAGCUUUUAAUCAGGCCCAUUUCACAUGUUUGAUCUUUGGCACGAUUGCUUCCUGAAAUGCAACUGUUAAAUACAGUUCCACAGGGCAAGCAACUUGCAUGAAGUAGCUCUCCACAGAAUUGCAAUGAUUCAACCAUGUCAUCUCAACUCAUUUUUCAAAUGUGGUGCCACGGAGUGGUUGAAAUGUAUGUACUGAAAUCUGUCUGUUGCUAGCAAUUAUAUCUGAAAUCGUGGUAGUGCAAGGAAUUUUUCUGUCUACUUUAGAAAACUCAUGCAUGCAACCAUACCCUCUGUGGUAUCGUGGAGGAUAAUCAGUAUCAUUAAAACCAAAUUAAACAGCAUCAUUAAAAUAAAGAAGUGCCUUUUAAAAUGCAAAUGUACAGCAAAUGCCUAAACUUGAACAAUUUCCUAGUGCCUUGCUGGACAAGAGUGGGGAGGGGGGAGAGAUGUAUGUUCAAUGCAGUGUGCAAUUAGUGGUGUCUUUUGUGUGGUGGGAUUUUUGUGUUUAAAUGUCCAAUUUCAGGUUCACAUUGUAGGAUGGGAAAGAUACUGAUCCUGAUUUAGAAGACCAGGAAAUUCCUGGGUUCCUGUAUCUCACUAUAUUGCUCAGAACAAAAACUGGAGGAAGGAAAUAAAAAGCAAUCAUCCUUGCAUACAAAAUGAGGGUUACAGUAAUCCUGAGAAGGAACUUCCUGAAUGGCUGCUGAUCACAGAUGGUUGUGCAUCAACAAACAAGGAUCACCAUUCAGUGUUGUGCGCUGGCAUAGAUACUGACAUAUCAAAAUAAAGUUAAUAGAGUACCUCCCAUAAAGUUUGAGCCAGACAUAUUUGCCAGUCGCUAGUCUGUCCUCAUAGAGAAACACAAAGUUUCUGCCCUCAAACCUGCUUGAACGUCUUUUCACAGUGGUAUCUUUGUUUCAUUCAGCUCAGCAAACUGCUGCUAAAAGCUCUGUUUCAUUCAGCUCAGCAAACUGCUGCUAAAAGCUCUGGAACCUGAAAGCAUCAGUAUCAUACUGUAUGUGUGAAGUGUUAAAAGGUAGCUGUUUGGUAGCAGCAGUGCAAUGGAAUAGCUUGCUCCUAUAGGCCAUGGUGUUGUGGCAGAUCAUUACAACGAUCAAUAGGCUGCACAAGACAUGUUUUCACCAGGAAAGUGAUUUCACUGAUUUGAAUGACACUUUUGUUUUGAUAUCCUGCAUUGUUAUGAAGCUGUGACAUAGGGAUCUCAGAGCUGAAAAUAGCAGACUGCAUGCAGUAGCUUGCUUUAUGGCUGAUGGGACCAAUCGCCAAGUGCUGACAUGGAUUAUAGCACCUCUGGCUUCAGAAAGUCUCAAGCAGUGUAAAGAGUCGGUGGUUAUCCCCUCAGUAUUAAAUCAUUUAAUUCAAAGAUCACUGUUGAAAAAUCCACACAUUUGUCUUUGCUUACACAUUGCACAACUUGAUCUUAUGCCUAUUUAGUUAGAAAUCUCAUUGAUUUCAGUUGGCCGUAUUCCCUAGUAAGGGUGCAUAAAAUCGCAACCUUAGUUACUCAAAGCCUAGCUAUGACUCCCAUGCAUCUGGUUUACAAUUUCUCUGAAUAGAUCUAUAGCACACCAGUACUGAUGAGUGCUUCAAAUCUCAGCAAGGAGUUUCAGCGAAAUCUGGCAAAUAGAAUAGUAAAACGCCCAAAGUAAAUGGUAAAACACCCAAUCUACCGAACACUCUCAAAUGUUCAGCAAACUUCAUAACCAACAAGACUUCACUUUUGAUUUUUAAGUUAACAGUGCAUCAUGCUAACAGGCCAGCUUAACAAAGCACUGUUUCUCAUAGGCAAUCAUUCUAGGUAAUGGUACAAGGAGGAUAAAAUACAAUUUCUUUCUAUGAUGGAUCAAUUAAUUAGCUUUCCAUUUUUGCUACUGCCACCUGCUGCUUUGCUCAAUGCACUUCUCUGAUGCCUCACUUUUACAGUUUUGCCAUCUUCAUAUGUUCCUUUUCUUUGUAAAUUGGCUUGCAAUUGGCUAUGAAGAAUUCUGCAAGGUUCCUUAACAUGUCUUAAAUACUGUGGUAUUUUCAUACAAUUUUAUUUCUUUGAGGAAGUUUGGUGUGAGUUAGAUGUUUAUGUGCAGCCAAGAAGAUACCAUCAGCAUAUGGGUGCCUCUUUUUCCUUGUUUCUGAAUUUGCACCUAUUUUGUGGGUAACUUAAUUAGAUGAAAUGGUAACCAAAUGACACAGACCCAUCUGUGUAAAAGUGGAUCUGUCUCAAUCAUGGACAAAGGAUCUGAUCUUCAGAGCAAAAGGAGAAUGACUUGUCUCCUUGCAAACCAAUCUGUAGAUGCUUUCCUCUCAGCUGGAAUACAUUAGGGAACAGGCUUCAGGGAGAUACACCACAGGCAGUGUGAGGGUUCAAGCUCUUCACACUGGCACACCCAUUUGCUCUUAAAAUCACAAGCACCCUGCUUUGUGACUGGAUUAAAUCAUUUUAAAGAGACUCAUCUGCCAUUAUCAUUGUUACAAUUUCUAGGUGUCACUCACUAACCAUUCUUUUGGUCAUAUGUCAGCUUCAGGAUUACAUAUGGAACAAUAUAACUGACAAUGUAAAAGUGGUAUAAAUUGUAAUGACAAUCUAGAUCACUCUUGUCUAAUUUGUGACCCAUUGAUAAUGGACUGUUAGAACCACAUUCUGUUCUGGCUCCUAGUACUACUGUUAUCAUUCAGGUCUCCAGGGAUUCCAACAGGUGAGGGGUUUUAAUCUGAAUCAGUUAAAGCUAUGCCAGCCCAUUACAAUGUCGCUACUCGGUAAGAGUUUUUAAUCCCAAAUUGUAAACAAAAUUGUAAACUAGGUCCAUGGCAUUACAUUGUAUCUAAUCGAGCUAAUAGAACUAAAACACUAGUCCUUCCAGCAAUAGUAUCAAGUGGCCCAAUAUGUUUGAGGGAAGAAGGAAAAGAGAGGCAGCCUUCAAAGACUUAAGUUGUUUCACAUCUUGUAAUGCAUGCUUAACAAUUUCUUUGAAAUUGGAUGUUGCCGAAUAAACCAGUGAAUUUAUUUUGUGCAUCUUGGGACAAGAUCCUAGUGUGGUGGUGGGGAGGUAAAGGAUGUCUAGCACUUUAAUGUAGUAGCUUUGAUAAAUUGAAAAUCAUUUGAGUGUAAGAUGUAGUGUUUCUAAGAACUGAAUGGACUUUCUUUUAUAAUAUAUUUAAAAUAAAUUUUUAUUGUGUCUUUUCUGAA